CUCGGGGAGGGGGGGUACCCCUGCAGCUCGGGACAGCUCAGCCUCGGGUGGGGACAUCUGCGGCUGUUGACCCUGUCCCCCCACCAGGACGGGGCUGCCAGCCCGUGCCCGGCAGGAGCAGAGGGACCGGCGGGCCCCCGGUGCUGCAGGCGGCAUGGCCCAGUGGCAGGAGGUGCAGGCUCUGCCCAACGCCCGCCUGAAGCAGAUUGACCAGCUCUACUCCAUGGCUGCUCUGCCCAUGGUUGUGCGACAGUGCCUGGCAGCCUGGAUCGAGAACCAGAACUGGCGCCAGGCGGCUGAGCCGUGCUCCUCCCAUGCCCUGAUGCUUUUCCACUCCUUGCUGGCACUGCUGGGAGAGCACCUGGGCAGCCCGGGGUUGGGGGACGAGGACUUCAUGCUGAAGCACAACCUGCGCAAGGCCCGGCGUGACCUCCAGGAGAAGUUCCAGAAGUGCCCGGAGGACUUUGCCAACCUGGUAGCCAACCUGCUGCAGGAGGAGCAGCGGAUCCUGCGUCUGGAGCAGGCAAGGGGACAGGGGGAUGCUGCCCCAGCACCCAGCACACCCCCACAGAGCGAUCGGCAGCAGCAGAUCCAGCGGCGCUUGGCUGAGUUCAACACAGCCCUGCAGGAGGCUGAACGGGCUUUCCGGCACCUGGAGGACCUGCAGGAUUCCUUUGACUUCUGCUACAAGGUGUACUUCCAGCCAGGCCAGGCCAGGACCAGCGACCCCCAGUAUGCCCAGCAGAUCCAGUCUCUCCAGGCCAAGCUGCAGAUCCUGGACAGGCAGCGUCAGGAGGUGUUGGCACAGAUGCAGCAGCUCCUGGGACGCAGCGAGACCCUGCUGGACUUUCUGCAGAAGGAACUGGAGGCCUGGAAGCAGCGGCAAAAACGGAGCUGCUUGGGAGCUCCCACCGACACCUGCCUGCGCCCACUGGAGACCUGGUUCACAGAGCUCGGCCAGGGGCUCUUCCAGCUGCUGCAGCUGCUGCGGGCGCUGGGGGACCUGCGUCAGAAGGUGACCUACGAGAGGGACCCUCUGAAGGAAAAGACCCCUCACCUGGAGCAGCGGCUGCGGGAGCUGCUCACCUACCUGCUGCAGAGUGCCUUCGUGGUGGAGCAGCAGCCCUGCAUGCCCAACCCCUGCAAGCGGCCGCUGGUCCUGCGCACCGCCAGCAAGUUCUCGGCCCGCGCCCGCCUGCUCGUCCGCCUGCACGACCGCAACCACCACAUGGAGGCCAAAAUCCACAUCGACAGGGACCCCCCCAAGAUAAAAGGGUUUCGCAGGUUCAACAUCCUGACGUCAAGCAGCAAAACCCUCCUGGCAGGGGACAGCCCACAGGAUGGGCUGGUCUGUGACUUCCAGUACCUGACACUGAAGGAGCAGAAGGACAGCAGGUCAGGCAAGAGCAGCAAAGGCGCCAGCGAGGGCCCCCUGGUUGUGACGGAGGAGCUGCACCUCAUCACCUUCACGCUGGCGUAUGCCUACUGUGGGCUGGAGCUGGAGCUGGAGACCUCCACACUGCCCUUCAUCAUCAUCUCCAACAACAACCAGCUCUCCAGUGCCUGGGCCUCCAUCCUCUGGUUCAAUAUGUUCAGCUGCGAGCCUAAGGAGCAAUCGUUCUUCUCCGCGCCGCCCCCGGCGCCCUGGCCGCAGUUGGCCGAGGUGCUGAGCUGGCAGUUUGAGAGCGUGGCCGAGCGGGGCCUGGACCAGAACCACCUCCUCAUGCUGGCAAAGAAGCUCUUUGGUUCAAAGCCAUCUCCAAAGAGCACUGUGUCCUGGCACAAGUUCUCCAAGGACAGUGCCUCUGGCUUCUCCUUCUGGGCUUGGCUGGAUGGGACCCUGGGGCUGCUCCAGGAGCACCUCAAGCAGCUCUGGAAGGAUGGGCUCAUCCUGGGCUUCGUGAGCCGGAAGCAAACGGAGAAACUGCUGAAGGGGAAGCGGACGGGGACGUUCCUGCUCCGGUUCAGCGAGACCGUCAUGGGGGGGAUCACCUGCAGCUGGGUGGAGCACCCCGAGAGCGGGCCCCCCGCAUUCCCGGCGGUCGCUCCCUACACCGCGGCUGAGCUGGCGUCCCUGGCACUGCCCGACAUCAUCCGUGACUACCAAGUGCUGGUGGAGGAGAACAUCCCCGAGAACCCCCUCCAGUUCCUGUACCCCGACACCCCCCGUGACGAGGCCUUUGGGCCCUACUACAGCCAGCGGCAGGACGGGAACCUGACAGAGCAGAAGUACCUGAAGCAGCGCCUCAUCCGUGUGUCCUCCAGGCAGCCAAAUGAGUCCUGGCAGACAGAAGAGGAGUUGGAGGCUGCCACAGAAAACCUGGAGACGCUGCAGCUACAGCCUGGGGAGCUGGGGACACAACAGCCUGGUGGCCUGGGGAUGGUGCAGGUCACAUCUGGGAACCAAGGGAUGCUGCAGGUGGUGGCCACCAGCCCAGGGAUGCUGCAGCCUGAGGGCUUGGGGAUGCUGCAGACUGGGGACCUGAGGACACUGCAAACAGGUUCCCAAGACCUGGAGCCACCACAGCCACCUCAGGUGGGAUUAGGGGUCUCAAAAGUGCUGCAGCCAGGGACUGGGGAGCAGCUGGUGCUGCAUGUGGUCCCCAACAGCCAGGAGAUGAUGCAGGUGGGACCAGGGGGGUUGGGGACACCGAAGGUGCUAACCAGUGGGCUGGGGAUGCUGCAGCCAGCACUGGGGACCAUGGAACCACCGGUAGUCUCCCAGGAGCAGGGGACAUUGCAACUGGAGUCACUGCCCCAGGGGCAGGAGGUGUUGCCAUCACUGGAGCCACACUUGGGGAUACUGGAGGCACUGGAGGUGGUGGAGCUGAUGCCCAACAUGGACAGGGAGCAGGAGGAGCUGUGCCCCAGGCUGGCCAGCAAUGCUGCACUCCUGGAUGCCCGGGACCCUUUCCUGCCACAGCCCGAGGACGUGGCCCUGUCCCCCGUCAGCUCCCUCUUCACCACCGACUUCCCCUCACUCCACAUCGACGACAGUGACUUCCAGUGACUCCUCCAGUGACCCCCCCCCCAUAAAUAAACCUCUUCCUGCCCCAUCUGACCGCGCUCCCUGUGGUCACCAAACACAGGGAGCUGCUUGUUUCCUUCAGACCUUUAUUAGAAACU